UGGCACAGAAGGAAGAUAUGGAAGAAAGAAUCACAACCCUUGAGAAACGUUACCUCAGUGCUCAGAGAGAAUCUACCUCCAUACAUGACAUGAAUGAUAAAUUAGAAAAUGAGUUAGCAAAUAAAGAGGCCAUCCUACGGCAGAUGGAAGAGAAGAACAGACAGUUACAAGAGCGUCUUGAGCUGGCUGAGCAAAAGUUGCAGCAGACUAUGAGGAAAGCUGAGACCUUGCCCGAAGUAGAGGCUGAACUGGCUCAGAGGAUUGCAGCUCUGACAAAGGCUGAAGAGAGACAUGGAAACAUUGAAGAACGCAUGAGACAUCUAGAAGGUCAACUUGAAGAGAAAAAUCAAGAACUUCAAAGAGCUAGGCAAAGAGAGAAAAUGAAUGAGGAACACAACAAAAGAUUAUCUGAUACUGUGGACAGACUUCUCACUGAAUCCAAUGAACGCUUACAACUACAUUUAAAGGAAAGAAUGGCUGCUCUAGAGGAAAAGAAUGUUUUAAUUCAAGAAUCAGAAACUUUCAGAAAGAAUCUAGAAGAAUCCUUACAUGACAAGGAAAGAUUAGCAGAAGAAAUUGAAAAGCUGAGAUCUGAACUUGAUCAAUUGAAAAUGAGAACUGGUUCUUUAAUUGAACCCACAAUAUCAAGAACUCAUCUAGACACCUCAGCUGAGUUGCGGUAUUCUGUUGGGUCCCUAGUGGACAGCCAGACUGAUUACAGAACAACUAAAGUAAUAAGAAGACCCAGGAGAGGCCGCAUGGGUGUACGAAGAGAUGAGCCAAAGGUGAAAUCUCUUGGGGAUCAUGAGUGGAAUAGAACUCAGCAAAUUGGAGUGCUAAGCAGCCACCCUUUUGAAAGUGACACUGAAAUGUCUGAUAUUGAUGAUGAUGACAGAGAAACUAUUUUUAGUUCAAUGGAUCUUCUCUCUCCAAGUGGUCAUUCUGAUGCCCAGACUCUAGCCAUGAUGCUUCAAGAACAAUUGGACGCCAUCAACAAAGAAAUCAGGCUAAUUCAGGAAGAGAAAGAAUCUACAGAGUUACGUGCUGAAGAAAUUGAGAACAGAGUGGCUAGUGUGAGCCUGGAAGGCCUGAAUUUAGCAAGGGUCCACCCAGGUACCUCUAUCACUGCCUCUGUUACAGCUUCUUCGCUGGCCAGCUCAUCUCCCCCCAGUGGACACUCAACGCCAAAGCUCACCCCGCGAAGUCCUGCCAGAGAAAUGGAUCGGAUGGGAGUCAUGACACUGCCAAGUGAUCUAAGGAAACAUCGGAGAAAGAUUGCAGUGGUGGAAGAAGAUGGUCGGGAGGAUAAAGCAACAAUAAAAUGUGAAACUUCUCCUCCCCCCACACCUAGAGCCAUCAGAAUGACUCACACCCUUCCCUCCUCCUACCACAAUGAUGCCCGAAGUAGUUUAUCUGCCUCCCUUGAGCCAGAAAGCCUUGGGCUUGGCAGUGCCAAUAGCAGCCAAGACUCUCUUCACAAAGCCCCCAAGAAGAAAGGAAUCAAGUCUUCGAUAGGACGUCUGUUUGGUAAAAAGGAAAAAGCCCGACUUGGGCAGCUCCGAGGAUUUAUGGAGACUGAAGCUGCCGCUCAGGAGUCCCUGGGGUUGGGCAAACUUGGAACUCAAGCUGAGAAGGAUAGAAGACUGAAGAAAAACACAUCUGGGCAUGAACUUCUAGAAGAAGCUCGGAGGAAGGGAUUACCUUUUGCUCAGUGGGAUGGACCCACUGUAGUUGCAUGGCUGGAGCUCUGGCUGGGAAUGCCUGCUUGGUAUGUAGCAGCCUGCCGAGCCAACGUGAAGAGUGGUGCCAUCAUGUCGGCGUUAUCAGACACUGAGAUCCAGAGAGAAAUUGGAAUCAGCAAUCCCCUGCAUCGCUUAAAGCUGCGAUUAGCAAUCCAGGAGAUGGUUUCCCUAACAAGUCCAUCAGCUCCUCCGACGUCCCGAACUCCUUCAGGCAACGUUUGGGUGACCCACGAAGAAAUGGAAAAUCUUGCCGCUCCAGCAAAAACGAAAGAAUCUGAGGAAGGAAGCUGGGCCCAGUGUCCGGUUUUUCUACAGACUCUGGCGUAUGGAGAUAUGAACCAUGAGUGGAUUGGAAACGAAUGGCUUCCCAGCCUGGGGUUACCUCAAUACAGAAGUUAUUUUAUGGAAUGCUUGGUAGAUGCAAGAAUGUUAGAUCACCUAACAAAAAAAGAUCUCCGUGUCCAUUUAAAAAUGGUGGAUAGUUUCCAUCGAACAAGUUUACAAUAUGGAAUUAUGUGUUUAAAGAGGUUAAAUUAUGACAGAAAAGAACUAGAAAGAAGACGAGAAGCAAGCCAACAUGAAAUAAAGGAUGUGCUGGUGUGGAGCAACGAUCGAGUUAUUCGCUGGAUACAAGCAAUUGGACUUCGAGAAUAUGCAAAUAAUAUUCUUGAGAGUGGUGUGCACGGCUCCCUGAUAGCGUUGGAUGAGAACUUUGACUACAGCAGCUUAGCUUUGUUACUACAGAUUCCAACACAGAACACCCAGGCAAGGCAGAUUCUCGAAAGGGAAUACAAUAACCUCCUGGCUCUCGGAACUGAACGGCGACUGGAUGAAAGUGAUGAUAAGAAUUUCAGGCGUGGGUCAACAUGGAGAAGACAGUUUCCUCCCCGUGAAGUACACGGAAUCAGCAUGAUGCCCGGAUCCUCAGAAACGUUACCAGCUGGAUUUAGGUUAACCACAACAUCUGGGCAGUCGAGGAAAAUGACAACGGAUGUUGCCUCAUCAAGACUGCAGAGGUUAGACAACUCCACUGUUCGCACAUACUCAUGUUGACAAGCCACUCAAAGGAGGCAGCACUGACUUGCUAUGUCGUCUUUUCAGCCUACUCUACCUAAAGUGCACUACCAUCUAUGAGGACGAACAGUAAAAACCUUUGUGAAGACUGAAUUCUAAGGAAACACCACAAGUGAUGGUUUAUUAAGCUGCAAAUGUGAUUUUCGGGGAGUCAGAUGUUAAGUUUGAUUAGUUUACUACAAUUGUAAGAAAAUGCUUAAGUCAUUUGAAUAAUAAGCAUCAUCCACAUCAUAAAUUCUGUACAACAGAUGCUUUUAUGAAAUGGAGCCACUUGUUUUUUCAUGUUUUAUUGUAAUAUACUAGGCCUUUAUGUAUUACUGUGUAUGUAUUUCUUUUUAAAUGUGUAAGUCUUAUGUAAAUGGAUAUAAAUAUGAUUUUUAAAAAAAUAAAAUAUAUGGUUCAUGGAGUCUCGAGUGCAAACAUUUGACAAUUCCAAGUACUGUUUGUAUUUUACCAUUCCACCAUUUUUACAGUUUUUGAAUUGUAACAGUCGAAUCGAUAUGUUUCUCCUUCAAGUCUGUCAAUACUUAAAGCUGAAAACCUGCCUCUGAUCAUGUAAAAAGGAAUGAUUUAACCUGGAACUGGAGCCAAAAAUAGUCCUUUAAAGGCAAUCAGGGAUGUCCUAUAACUUUAGAAAUAGCACUGUGAUGGCUCGAUCUCCUUUUCAAUACAAAACAAAGCUAAACUGUUUACAAGAGUCAAGAGCAAAUAUUUAAAAAAUAAUUUAUAAGGAAUAAACAUUAUCUUCUCUUGUUAUCCAUGGACCAAGAAAAAAGAGGAAAAAAAAAAAAAAACUUCUUUACUAAGAACCACAUGUUCAUCAGAUAUCUCGAACCGCCAGCCAGCGCUGCUCAGUGAAUGUCAACCACUGCAGAGCCUGAGGCUCAUUUCCAUUGGAAAAAACCAAACCCAGAAACCUUUCCCUCUUGUCGAUGUAAAAGGGCAUUAGCCAGACUCAUGUCUAAUGUCACAAGCUUCUAGCCAAGAUGGCCUUGUUGAGACUUCCCUGAAGUCAGUCUUAUCAGAGGAAAUAAAUGAAAGACAGAAUGGUUAACAUAUAUAGUGUAUAAAAGUAUAGAAGAGUAACCUCUUCCCUGUGGCUUUAUUUGGUGGUGUUACUGUUGUUUAUUCCUUGUUUAUAUGGGAGAUUUCAAAGUAAAACCUAUUUAAUAAUACCAUUUAUCUAACUGCUGAUUUUCUGCUGCUUGAUCUUAUGAAGCGCAAGACCUGUCAUUAGUAAUUUCCUUUUUGUAUUUAAUUUGCUGUUUGCACGUACAUUACAUUUGUUUUGAUGUCUAUUUUUGUUUAACAGAUUCGGUCAAAAGGUAAUGGUAACAGAAACCCUCUCCACUGUCAAUAAAAAAUACUUCCAGUUCUCUGUUUAA